AUGCUUAGCGACCACGGGGCCUUGCAUGGGCCGCCCCCCAAAGCUGGCCUCAGCUGCAAGAUGGUGUUCCAGGCUGUGGGCAGAGCGCUCAGGAAGUCCAAAGCGAAGCCGAACGGGAAGAAGCCGGCACCAGAGGAGAAGAAGACCUACCUGGAGCCGGAGUAUGCAAAGUCCAGGAUCACCGAUUUCGAGUUCAAGGAGCUGGUGGUUCUGCCCCGGGAGAUCGACCUCAACGAGUGGCUGGCCAGCAACACCACCACCUUCUUCCACCACAUCAACCUGCAGUACAGCACAAUCUCGGAGUUUUGCACGGGGGAGACGUGCCAGACCAUGGCCGCCUGCAACACACAGUACUACUGGUAUGACGAGCGGGGCAAGAAGGUCAAAUGCACAGCCCCACAGUAUGUGGACUUCGUCAUGAGCUCUGUGCAGAAACUGGUCACGGACGAGGACGUCUUCCCCACCAAGUAUGGCCGCGAGUUCCCGGCAUCGUUCGAGGCGCUGGUCAAGAAGAUCUGCAGGUACCUGUUCCACGUGCUGGCCCACAUCUACUCGUCCCACUUCAAGGAGACGUUGGCGCUGGAGCUGCACGCCCACUUGAACACUCUCUACGUCCACUUCAUCCUCUUUGUCCGGGAGUUCAACCUGGUCGACUCCAAAGAGACCGCUGUCAUGGACGAUCUCACGGGGGUCCUGUGUGCGGGCGCCGGCGGGGGUGGGGGCACCGGGGCCGGGGCCACGGCGGGCGGGGCACAGAACCACGUGAAGGAGAGAUGA